CACAGGGUCUGCUGCAGUGGUGACAGCCUAUAGCUCCCGUCUGCUGUGUUGUCAGUGCAGAUGUUACUAUGUAACACCCAGGAACAGAGCAGCCUUCUUUCUGACAUGCAAUUCUCUCAUCUGAUUUAGUGGCUGCAAAAGGAUAAAAAGAAACAUCCGUAGUUUUGAAACUGCUCUUAGUAUAUACUGUAGUACUUUGCAAGCUGUGCAGACAGAUUUGUGCAAGACUGAGCUGGCAGUGGUGCAAACAUGGUUGCUGCACACGCUUCUUCCUCGUCUGCAGAGUGGAUUGCCUGCCUAGAUAAAAGGCCCCUGGAACGAUCUGGAGAAGAUGUGGACAUAAUAUUUUCCCGUCUGAAGGGAGUCAAAGCAUUUGAGAGAUAUCAUCCAAAUCUACUCCAGCAGAUUUGUUUCUGCGGUUACUAUGAGAGUUUGGAGAGGGGAGUUACAUUGUAUCGGCAGGGUGACAUUGGUACAAGCUGGUACGCAGUGCUGACAGGAUCCUUGGAUGUCAAAGUGACUGAAACCAACAGCCAUCAGGAUGCAGUCAUCAUAUGUACGUUGGGAGUCGGAACAGCUUUUGGAGAGUCAAUAUUGGACAACACUCCCCGACAUGCCACCAUUGUUACCAGGGAAUUCAGCGAGCUCCUACGCAUCGAACAGAAAGACUUUAAAGCUCUGUGGGAGAAAUAUCGGCAGUACAUGGCUGGCUUCUUGGCUCCUCCAUACGGUGUUCUCGAGACUGGCUCUAAUGACAGGAUAUCUGACAAAGAAAACAUGAACAGUGCCAUGGGCUCAGGAUCCAAAAACUGUAACAAGACCCCCCUCAUUGAAAAUCAAAUCACGCUCCGUCAAGCAAAAACCAUUACAGAGGUCCCUUCUGAGCGCAUCCUCAGAGCUGAGAAGACUUUACGUAAUGCAAUCCUGUCCAGAGCGCCUCACAUGAUAAGAGAUCGGAAAUACCAUCUAAAGACUUACAGACAAUGCUGUGUAGGAACUGAACUGGUGGACUGGUUGAUGCAGCAGAGCUCCUGUGUUCAUUCCCGGACGCAAGCGGUGGGCAUGUGGCAAGUGCUCCUGGAGGAAGGUGUCCUAAACCACGUUGACCAAGAAUACUACUUCCAAGAUAAAUACCUGUUCUACCGAUUCCUGGAGGAUGAACAUGAAGAGCUGCCUAUGCCUACUGAUGAGGAGAAGCGGGAAAGUGAUGAAGACCUCCAGGAUACUUUCCUUCUCUUGUCCCAAAUAGGACCUGACGCGCACAUGAGAAUGAUACUCAGAAAGCCACCUGGUCAACGGAGCGCAGAUGACCUAGAAAUUAUUUUUGAAGAACUUAUUCACAUUAAAGCCUUAUCUCACCUCUCAACCACUGUUAAAAGGGAGCUGGCAGGAUUUUUAAUCUUUGAAUCUCACCCAAAGGCUGGAACAGUGUUGUUUAACCAAGGAGAAGAAGGGACUUCCUGGUACAUCAUCCUAAAAGGAUCAGUCAACGUGGUCAUCUACGGCAAGGGUGUGGUGUGUACGUUACAUGAAGGAGAUGACUUUGGCAAGUUAGCCUUAGUAAAUGACGCACCUCGGGCAGCAUCGAUUGUCCUACGAGAAGACAACUGCCACUUCCUGCGGGUGGAUAAAGAGGACUUCAACCGAAUCCUACGUGACGUUGAGGCAAAUACAGUGAGGCUGAAGGAACAUGACCAGGACGUGUUGGUGUUGGAGAAGAUUCCCGCUGGAACACAAGUUUUGGCACAAGGAAACACUCAGUCACCAUAUAAAUACACUGUGAUGUCUGGAAAUCCAGAAAAAAUUCUAGAACAUUUCUUAGAAACAAUGAGACUUGAGCCAAGCUUGAAUGAAGCAAUAGAUACUGCUGUAGACGACUUUAUACUGAUGCACUGUGUUUUCAUGCCAAACUCUCAGCUCUGCCCAGUCUUGAUGUCCCAUUACCAUGCUCAGCCGUCCCAAGGCACAGAGCAGGAAAAAAUGGACUAUGCCAUCAACAACAAACGUAGAGUCAUCCGAUUGGUACAACUUUGGGCCACCCUUUAUAAUGACUUGUUACGGGAGGAUGAGGUUGCGAUGACUUUUCUAGAGGAAUUUUAUGUCUCAGUAUCAGAUGACACGAGGACGAUUGCUGCACUGAAGGAUCAGCUUCCUGAGCUAGAGAGAAUAGUGAAACAAAUCUCUGAAGACGGAAAAGGACAACAAAAGAAACACAAAGUUCUUUUGCGGCAGUUCAGCACUGGGGAUGAGCGGUUACAGAAGCGCCAGCCGAUACGAAGCACGGAUGAAAUCCUUUUCAAGGUGUUCUGCAUUGAUCACACAUAUACCACCAUACGUGUGCAAAUGGCCGCCUCGGUGAAGGAAGUGCUGUCAGCUGUGGCAGAUAAGCUGAGUUCCAGAGAAGGCUUGAAUCUUGUAAAGAUCAGUUCUGCAGGAGAAAAAGUGGUGCUAAAGCCAAAUGAUAUCUCUGUGUUUACAACGCUCAGUGUGAACGGACGCCUGUUUGCUUGUCCCCGAGACCAAUUUGAUUCCCUGGCACCGAUUCCGGAACAGGAGGGCCCGACUGCGGGGACCAUGUCAACGUUUGAACUCAUGAGCUCCAAAGACUUGGCUUACCAGAUGACAAUUCAUGAUUGGGACCUCUUCAAUUGUGUCCAUGAACUGGAGCUGAUCUAUCACACCUUCGGAAGGCACAAUUUUAAAAAGACAACCGCCAAUUUGGACCUCUUCCUGAGGCGUUUCAACGAAAUCCAGUUUUGGGUUGUGACUGAGAUUUCUCUGUGCCCUCAGCUCAGCAAGCGUGUUCAGCUCCUGAAGAAAUAUAUUAAAAUUGCUGCCCAUUGCAAAGAGUACAAAAAUUUAAACUCAUUCUUCGCGAUUGUCAUGGGAUUGAGUAACGUGGCAGUGAGCCGACUUUCAUUAACAUGGGAGAAACUUCCAAGCAAGUUCAAGAAGAUCUAUGCCGAGUUUGAAAAUUUAAUGGACCCAUCACGAAAUCACAGAGCUUACAGACUGACUGUGGCUAAGCUGGAGCCGCCAAUCAUUCCAUUCACACCUUUACUAAUUAAAGAUAUGACCUUCACCCAUGAGGGAAACAAAACCUUUAUCGACCAUCUGAUAAACUUUGAGAAAAUGCGCAUGAUUGCAAACACUGUGAGAACAAUGAGAUACUGUCGGAGCGUGCCCUUCAGUCCAGAGGCAUCUCUUGUUAGCAAAAACCACCAGGACAUACGGAAUUAUGUGCGGCAGUUCAACGUGAUUGACAAUCAGAGAACGCUAUCCCAGAUGUCGCAUCGCCUAGAACCGAGACGCACUUGAGAGGGGGACGGGAGAGGGGAUGGGGCGAAGAUUUCAGGAUGAUCUUGUUGAUAGAAAGCACUGUGGCAAACAUGUAGGGAUUUUAAUUUGUUUGAUACGUUUUUUAUUUAUUUAGGUUUUAUAUAUUUCUUUCAAUUUUAUGUGCCACAGGCUAUCCACAUGUUAUAUGUGAAUAAUGUCAAUUGUUAAUGUAGUGAUUGAAGUCAUACACAAAGAAAUAAUGUUGGAUGUUAUAUAGUUGCUGUAAAUUAUAUUUGAAUGGCUGUCAAAAGGUUGUAAAUAUGUACUGUAACUCUUUUAUUUAAGCUAAAUGAUAUCCAGUUACAUUAAUUCUAUUUAUAAAAGGAAGUAUUGUACAGGUUGAGUAUCCCAUGUCCAAAUAUUCCAAAAUACGGAAUAUUCCGAAAUACGGACUUUUUUGAGUGAGAGUGAAAUAGUGAAACCUUUGUUUUUUGAUGGCUAAAUGUACACAAACUUUGUUUAUUACACACAGUUAUUAAAAUAUUGUAUUAAAUGACCUUCAGGCUGUGUGUAUAAGGUGUAUAUGACACAUAAAUGAAUUGUGUGAAUGUAGACACACUUUGUUUAAUGCACAAAGUUAUAAAAAAUAUUGGCUAAAAUUGACUUCAGGCUGUGUGUAUAAGGUGUAUAUGUAACAUAAAUGCAUUCUGUGCUUAGACUUAGGUCCCAUUGCCAUGAUAUCUCACUAUGGUAUGCAAUUAUUCCAAAAUACGGAAAAAUCCGAUAUCCAAAAUACCUCUGGUCCCAAGCAUUUUGGAUAAGGGAUACUCAACCUGUAUAAGUACUUUGAUAAAUUAGAUUUUUGAUUAGUGUCACAAAACACUGGCAUUCUCUGUGCUGGAAUGUACCUCAUACAAAACAGCAAUUAAUUGCAUCUAAAAUUUCCCAUUGAAAUACAAGCACCUGUCAGCCAAUGCAAGAAGUCUAUGAUACACCUAGCGACCAAUCAGACGCUUUCAGUACAGCGUACCAAUGAAAGGAGAUGUGUGGUUGGUUGGUAUGGGUUAAAACACAUUUUGUGGUCUAUUUUUGUAUGUUACCACUUAUUAUGUGGAAGCCCUGUAUAUCUUUCUGUUGGAUUUCUGUCACAAUAUCUACAUGUAAUGUUAGGAGUACAUCGUUUGUGCAUAUUUUAUACAUCUAGGAGUGGCUUCAGCCAUUCUGGGUCAGCAAGACAGAAAACAACAGUGCAGACUUCUGUAGCAUGAAAUUAGCAUAUGUGGAUUAAAUCACACAUUUUCCCUGCACUAAAAGGUCUGCAGCCUCUUCACACCACGCAGACCAAUCAUAAGGGGUAAUAAAUCACAGACGGAUUAUGGGCGCAUUUUGAGAAGCAUAGGUGCUGUGACCAGUGCUGUGUGGAUGUGGCCAGGGCUGUAUGGGCAUGGCCAGUGACAUGUGGGUGUGUACACCCCCUAUACUAUCAGCCCAUUGUCUCCCUAUAUAUGUAAAAGUAGAAUAAUUUGUGAAGUUCAAUACUUAUGUUUUAUGGCUGAGUCAUCAUCCUGCCUUCAUAAUGGUGAGCCUAUUUUUAUGUGAAGGCCUGGGGCUAUAGUCCCAUCUGUCCCCAUUACAUACCUCCCAACUUUGUCGAGGUCCUAUUCGGGACCCUUAGGGUACCAAAGGCAAUUGCACUCCCAAAAGAGGGUGGAGCCUCAGGAAAGGGGGUGGGGCAUUAAAAGGGAGGCCUCACGGGACCCCCCCCUCCAGAUUGUGUCACUAUUGCUCCCGAUCGCAUCUAUUCUGCUCAUCUCCUGCGAUGUGUGCGCUCCCCCCAACUACCCACCCCCCUCCCCCCGCUGCGAGACACUGCCAGCCACGAGUGGGACAGUCCCAGGAAAACGGGACUGUCCCGCGGAAUGCAGUUGGGAGCUAUGCCAUUCUUAAUCUGGACACACGAUUGUGGCUGCAGUAUACUAGGCAUUUUAACGCUGUGUGCAAGAAACGGCAUUGAAGCCCCCCCCCAUGCAAAAUAGGGGCAGUGCGUGCCGUAUGCGCGCAAAAAAUAUAUAGGGGCGUGGCUUCACGGGGAAGGGGCGUGGUCACAAAAAUAAUACCAAUUUAUACUACGGUGCACAGUAGUCUCCAUUAUUCAAGUUAUGCUGCACAGUAGCGCCACUACACCAGGUAGAGCCCCUUUUACACAUUACGGCAGACAGUCCCCCUUUCUACACAUUACGGCAGACAGCGUCCCCCUUUUUACACAUUACGGCAGACAGCGUCUCCCUUUUCUCAUACGUCCUAGAGGAUGCUGGGGUCCAC